GUUGGCGGCGUCAGUCGCACAAUGGACGAGGUCGAAGAGCCAGUAGAACAGAGUCAGCAGCGCACAGCAAAAACCCAAGUCAGCGACAAUCUGUUUUACACUCAAUCAUCAUCCCCUCAGAGACCAGGGUGUGUUGUCCAAAGAGCUACAGUGCUUAGUGCUAUGAAAGCCUGAUUCAUUACAGGAGUUUCACACUAAGUCCAGCUUUUCGCCUCCACCCCCCUCCACCACAGCAUCGGACUCCAACCAGCACCACCUCCCAACAUGUCUGACCCCUUCACCUCCCCCUCCUCCUGCCCCCACAUGUACCACUCUCAUCUGGGCCAUGGCACAUCCAACAGCACCACUUUUGGACUGAACCAUGUAAUCCUCUGCCACUAUAACCACACUGGCCGCCUUCAGAACCGAACCAUCUCUAGCUCCUCCAGCAGCAUCAGUGUGUCGGUGCUAGUCUUCCUCUCCAUCAGCAUCUUCAUCAUUUUGGAGAACUUGCUGGUGCUUAUUGCUGUCCUUACCAGGAUUCGCAAUAGUCGGCGAUGGGUGUAUGUGUGCAUUGCUAAUAUUACUCUGUCCGACUUGCUCACUGGUGCUGCCUACUUGGUCAAUAUCUGCAUGUCCGGUAACCAGACUUUUCGGCUCACUCCUGCCCUCUGGCUCUUCAGGGAGGGCACACUUUUUGUUGCCUUGGCAGCAUCAAUAUUCAGUCUUCUGCUAAUUGCCAUAGAGCGCUACACAACCAUGAUGAGGCCCCUCUCACAAAAUCCACCAGGAUCCUCCUACCGCAUCUAUGGUUUGGUAGCGCUCUGCUGGAUGCUGGCUUUAAUGAUUGGCUUUCUUCCUUUGCUUGGAUGGAACUGUGUUUGCAGUCUGGACAAAUGCUCCACCCUCCUCCCUCUUUACUCUAAAUCAUACAUCUUAUUCUCUCUCAUCAUCUUCUUCCUCAUCCUCUUGACAAUUGGAGUACUGUACGGUGCCAUCUACUGCCAUGUGCACAAAACUACCCAGCUCAGCCCUCUAAGAAGUCCCAAGCGCUCCAUAGCUUUGUUGAAAACAGUGAUCACCAUCGUCGGGGUGUUCUUGCUGUGCUGGGGACCUCUAUUCAUGCUCCUUCUGGUGGACUUCUUCUGUGAAACUCGCCAGUGUAUUCUGCUCUUCAAAGCUGACUUCUUCAUCUCUCUUGCUGUAUUGAACUCAGGUCUCAAUCCCAUUAUAUACGCUCUAGGCAGCAGUGACAUGAGGAGAGCCAUAGCUGAUCUGCUGUGCUGUUGCUGCGUGACGAUGGGUCUCUGUAAUACAGAGAAGUUCAAAUCCAAAGACACCAGUAGCACAUCAGAGAGCAGGAGGGACAGUCUUAGGAACAGCUUCAGCAAGAUCAGGAAUCUCAGCGUGGUGUCUCCUCCGUCCACUCCCAAAAAGAAUAAAAAGAAAGACAGAAAGGGCAGGCGGAGCUCCACCACCACCUGCCUGUCAGUUUCAAGUGGUUAGACCGCAAGUCUCUCCUCCCAAACUGUCAUCACCUCUAACGGUUUCCUGUUCAUUGAUACUAUGAAACUAUUGCACUGGAAAAUAUGUAUAAAUGAACAUAUUUGUAGAUUCAUAUUAUUGUAUAUUAUAUUUUUUAUAUUUUUGUAAUGUAAAUAUACAGAAGUUGUAUAAAAAAACUGAGAUGAAGCAAUGUCCACAAAUAAAAUAUAUACAACUGUA